AUGACCCCCAAAGAGGGAACUGACCUCACUCCUUUCCAUCUGGUGUAUGGCGGGGAAGUUGUUGUCCCCGUGGAAAUUGGCGUUGAGUCCGAUCAGGUGUUGCACUACGACGAGGGAAAUGACGAAAGGAGACAGAUGGAACUCGACAUGAUCGACGAGGCUCGCGACAAGGCGGCUGCCCGGCUUGUGGGCGAUCUAGUCUGGAAAAGGGUUAAGCCGGUCGGCGACGUCAAAAAGUUGGAAACUCCAUGGGCAGGCUCAUUUAAAGUGGUGGAGAAGCUACAAUCAGGCGCCUGCUAUUUGGAAGAUGCGAAAGGGAGAAGGCUGGAUCAACCGUAG